UGAACGCCUCCGAUUACCUCGACCAAUAGACGCUAGGCGUUCAUUCUCGGCCAUGCCCCGACAAUUGCCGCCUGAACUUGUGUAUCUUGUGAUAGAUCACGUCUCAGAGCAUUCGCUAGCUCUGUGCGCCCGGGUUUGUCGGCUAUGGCAUUACGCCAGCGUCCGCCGCGUCUUCGGCAAUAUUACCCUCCGCAAUAGAGACUUUGACGAGUUCACAGCACUCGCGUCGCAAUCGUCUCUCUCUCUACCAGAUAUGAUCCAUGACGUGACUCUCCAAUUGGACCGAGACCGAGAAUUACCCCACGGACAUCUCCAGCUCAUUCAACAGAUGCAACAAGUCUUCACCUUGACGCUACUCAUGCAUGAGGAUUCAAUGCUACGAUAUAUGUCGACCUUGAGCUCUACAUUUCCCUCCAUCCGCACGUUGAGAGUCCACGCAUACUACGUGCACUCGAUGCGCGACAUCCUCCCUUUGAUCGCAUCCUUCCCAUCACUUGCCAAUCUAGAAAUUGUCCACGUUCCGCACGGUUUCUUUUCCAGACACCCCUUUCCAGGAGAACAAGCCUUUCCUCAGCUGGACUCGGUCCUCGUUACCGACGAAAUGGAUGGUUUUUUUGCUCAAAUCGUACGAUUGCGGCAGAUUCCUGCAUUUUCGACCGUCGUAUGGCCUGGCUUUGUCGCUUGGCCGACGGCGGACUCGGGCUUUGCAAGAUAUCUGGAGAUGAUGGGACCGUCCGUUCGGUGCCUGCAUCUGGUUACUGUGUUUGGCAAUCGUUUCCUUGGAGACACCGAGUCUUCUCUUUUGCGCCAAUGCACGAGCCUGCGAAGCAUUCAGAUCAGCUCCUUCACAGACAGCGGUGCCGAGGUCGUGACCAUCUUAAGUGAGAUGAUUGACAAUCUUCAUGGCCCGACGUUAGCUGCCAUUCAUUUGGAUUCUCCGUACGGAUUUUCAGCCUCUCGAAAAGCCCAUCUGAACGGGCUGGCUAUCUUGAACACGCACGCCGAUAUUUGGAAUGCCAUUGACAGACGCAUCGGAGACCCCAAGCACUUCCCUGUAUUCCGCUCAUUGUGGAUUAAAACAGGGCUCAACCCGCUGCUUGAACGGACGUUAGUCAGUUAUAUGCCAUUAUCUAGUGCUCGUGGACUGCUUGAGAUCGAUUGAACGACAAGCAGUCUGACGAAGUGGAUCAUUCCUUUGUCCACAUAUGUAGGACACGAGAUAGUUAUAGAUAAUGUUGUCCUUCCUCUACCUUUCGAAGGGGCGCAUCGUCAAGCGUAUAGUACCUACUUAUUGAGCGCACUAAUUGUAGCAGUCCACGUGGAUCAUUGAUCCUUA